AUGGUCGAUCAGUUGUUACAAGCAUACCACGACAGUCCAACAAGUGGUCAUUUAGGCGUCAAUAAAACAUGGCAUAAGAUUCGGGAUCGAUACUUCUGGCCAGGCAUGUACACCAAAAUCAAGGAGUAUGUAUUGUCAUGUACCAAAUGUAGACAAUUCAAGAUUGGUAGAACAAAACCAGCGGGGAAAUUAGAACCCACUGAACCACCAACUGGUAUUUUGGACCUCAUUGGAUUAGACUUUAUUGGACCGGUUCCGCAAUCAGCCAACGGAAACAAGUAUAUUUUGGUAUGUACAGAUUAUUUGUCGCGAUAUGCUAUUACCCAAGCAACAGCUAACUGUACGGCCGAAACAGCAGCCAAAUUCUUAGUGACGAAAGUCAUUUUACAAUAUGGUGUGCCGAAACAAUUGUUGACCGAUCGUGGGACACAUUUCAUGUCACAUGUUUUCGAAGCCAUAGCAUCUAGAUGCGGUGUCAAUCAUAUCACAACAACAACAUAUCAUCCACAAUGUAAUGGUCUCACUGAAAGAUUCAACGCAACAUUAGUCGGAUCAAUUGGAACAUACGUAAAUCAACAACAGAGUGACUGGGAUGAUUAUUUACCAUACGCGACCUUUGCUUACAAUACAGCUAAACAGUCCACAACACAAAUGGAACCGUUCAAACUUAUGUAUGGUCGUGACGCACUACUUUCAUUUGAUACCCCACGUCCAAUUACCCAACCACCCACCAUCAAUGAUUAUUACAAUCAACUCAACCAAUUUUUGCAGCAAGCUAAAUCAACAGUUUGGUAUAACAUUAAACAAUAA